GAUAUCAUUACAGAGCACAACCAAACAAAUGAACCGCAAGCGUACUCCUCCUUUGAAAACACUUACUGUAAUUUGACUGUAUCUUUCAUUUCACCAGACAGAAGGUCUGUAAUUCUAAGGGGCUCUGCGAAUCUUCUGAUCAAGAGAGAAUGGGACAGGAUUUAGGCUAAAGCAAAACAGUUGCCUGUUACUUUAGGGGAAAAGGAAUCAUGACUGUUGUACCUGCAUCAGGAAGUAUUGCAGUCCCACACCAAAUGUCUCCAAUAAUGGAAGUGGACACAGAUGAGGACAAUGAAGACCCAAUUCCAACUCCAAGUGCAGGACGUGUAUUUAACAUAAACAACAGCAACAACAAUGAAGAGGAAGACAAAAAGAAAAAGAAAAAGGAGAAAAAAGAAAAGAAGGAGAAGAAAGAGAAAAAAGAAAAGAAAGAGAAGAAAGAAAAAACUGAGAAGAAUCAAAAGGAUGAAAAAGAAAAAGAAAAUGAGAAAGAAAAGGAAAAGGAAAAAGAGAAGGAAAAGGAGAAGGAAAAAGAAAAGGAGAAAGAAAAAGAUAAAAAGGAAGGGCCUAAGGAGGUGUUUGUGAUUAACCCAGCGGGACUCCUGUACUAUCAAUGGCUGCUUAUAAUCACAAUUCCCGUCAUGUAUAAUUGGACAGCCAUAAUUGCAAGAGCCUGCUUUGAGGAGCUACAGCACAAUUAUCUCCUGAUAUGGUUCCUCCUGGACUACACAUCUGACCUGCUUUAUUUGGCUGACAUGGCCUUCAGAUCACGAACAGGUUACCUGGAACAGGGCUUACUAGUCAAAGAUGAAAAGCUCCUUCUUCAGCGGUAUAAAGACAGUCUCCAGUUCCGCAUCGAUGUCAUCUCUAUGCUACCCACGGACAUCUUCUACUUCGUUUUAGGGUUAGACUACCCAGAGAUCCGCAUAAACAAGUUGCUCCGCCUCAACCGCAUGUUUGAGUUCUUCACAAUCUCAGAAACCAUGACCAACUACCCCAACAUCUUCCGAAUCUGCACUUUGAUCAUGUAUAUCAUCAUCAUCAUCCACUGGAACGCAUGCCUCUACUUCUCCUUCUCCAAGGCCAUCGGGUUCGGAUCAGAUGCAUGGGUGUAUCCAUCUCUCACCGAAGAUGAGUUCGGAGAGCUUGGGCGAAAAUAUUCCUUCAGCCUCUACUGGUCCACUCUUACCCUCACCACCAUCGGGGAGACGCCGUCUCCAGAGCUAGACUCUGAAUUCCUCUUUCAUGUGGUUGACUUCCUGGUGGGUGUGUUGAUCUUUGCCACCAUUGUGGGUAACAUUGCUACAAUGAUCUCAAAUAUGAACGCGGCCCAGGCUCAGUUUCAAGCCAGGAUUGAUAACAUCAAGCAGUACAUGCACGCGCGGCAUGUCAGCAAGGAUCUUGAGAUCCGUGUCAUCAAGUGGUUUGACUUCCUGUGGACUAACAAGAAAGCACAAGAUGAACGAGAGGUUCUGAGGUACCUGCCAGACAAGUUACGGGCAGAGAUAGGCAUGAACGUGCACUUAGAUACCCUCAAGAAGGUGCGGAUCUUUGCCGACUGUGAAGCAGGGCUGCUAAUCGAGUUGGUGUUGAAGCUUCGCCCACAAGUCUUCAGUCCCGGUGACUACAUCUGUCGCAAGGGUGAUAUUGGUCGGGAGAUGUACAUCAUAAAGGAUGGCAAACUCGCUGUUGUGGCUGACGAUGGUGUCACUCAAUUUGUUGUCCUUGGGGAUGGAAGCUACUUUGGAGAAAUCAGCAUUCUAAACAUCAAGGGCAGCAAGGCUGGGAACCGUAGAACGGCCAAUAUCCGAAGCAUAGGAUACUCCGACCUCUUCUGCCUGUCCAAAGAUGAUCUGAUGGAGGCUUUGACUGAAUAUCCAGAGGCUAAGGCCAUGCUGGAGGACAAAGGGAGACAGAUUCUGCUGAAGGAUGGUUUGUUGGAGCUGGACCCUGCGAAACUGAAGCCAGACGAGAGGGACUUGGAGGACCGUGUAAACCGAGUAUACAGCACGAUGCAACUCAUGCAGACCAAAGUGAAGAAGCUGCUGGCCGAACACGAGGAAACGCAAAAGGAAAUCAAACGGCGGAUUGCUCAGAUAGAGCACUUUGCUGGAGAGGUGGUGGAGGAUGAAGAUGAAGAGGAGGAGAUGGAAAAGAAGGAAGAAACGGAAGAGCAAAAGAAAGAGGAAGAGCCAGAGAAAGAGAAGUCAGAAGAAGACAAGGAAAAGACGGAAGAAAAAGAGGAGGAAAAAACAGAGGAAGCAACCAAAGAGGAAAAGAAAGAUGAGGAGCCAUAGGAUAAAACCUUAUGAGACCAUUUCAUAAUAAAAGAGAAAAUAAAAUCUUAUUGUCCUUAGUAACUCUACUUUGAAUUUGUUGAUUCAUUGCAUGCAAAAUAUAUUGUGCAGCCAAUAAAUUCUUAUCAAGGCAACAAAA